GUGAACUUAUUCGGCAGGAAUUAUAUCACGAGACACAUUAUAUUAAGUCUUAUCACGGAGAAUAUGCAUUGAAUUAAUAGAAGAAGUCGGACAAAAGAAGACUGCAUUUCUCAAUAUAAACCCCAAAGUUUGUUUAAUGUGAUUUUAAACAAGAUUGUGUUUAUUAUUAUUAGCAGAAGUGGUAAUGACAAUUCAAGUCUUCAGCUGUUUAAGAUUUAAAGAGAUGUAGAAAUCCCGAAGAAUCCGUAAUCUCAAGGAGUUGUGCUUGAACAUCGGUGAGGCGCGCGGCAUCGACUUUGGUUUUAUUCAGCCUCCACCCAACAGGGGGCGCGAUGCCACAGAAAAGCUGAAAAACAUGAUCAGCAAAACCUUUCUAGGUUACAUGACAAUCGAUAGUUAGGAACUGGUGAGACGUUUUUGUGUGUGCAUAACCCGCAUUUGCUUUUAAUUUUCAAACUGUAUUUAUGUGUGUGAUUGUUUUGACAUGAUCCUAUGGUUGUCAUGGCAGACGGAUUGGACGUGCUAAAAACAUGCUUAAAACAUUUCUCUGAAGAGGCUCGGGAGCUCUACCUGAACAAAGAUGUGCCAUAUUUAGAGUGCCCCCCAUCUCCUCUGGAGUUUUAUCGGGAGUGGAUUGGCCCAAACAAACCCUGUAUCAUUCGCAAUGCAUUCAACCACUGGCCAGCCUUGUGCAGGUGGAGUCCUGCUUACCUCCGGGAGAGAGUGGGCUCAAAGGUGAUCAGUGUCGCUGUCACUCCAAAUGGCUAUGCCGAUGCAGUAUGCGGUGAUCGAUUCGUCAUGCCUGAGGAGCGGCACAUGCCCUUUUCCUCUGUCCUGGACAUCAUGGAGCGGAAGGUGGAGAGUGAGGGAGUGUUCUAUGUGCAGAAGCAGUGCUCCAACCUGACUGAGGAGCUCCCUGAGCUCACAGAGGACUUGGAAACUCACAUCCCCUGGAUGAGUGAGGCCCUAGGGAAGAAGCCUGACGCUGUGAACUUCUGGCUGGGAGACUCUGCUGCUGUUACAUCAUUGCACAAGGACCACUAUGAGAACUUGUACUGCGUGAUCACAGGAGAGAAGCACUUCAUUCUCAUCCCCCCAUCAGACAGGCCCUUCAUUCCAUAUGAGCUGUACCAGCCCGCCACAUUCAGCCAGGGGGAAGAUGGCACGUUCGAAGUGGUGGAUGAGCAGAACGCUGACAAGGUGCCUUGGAUUCCUGUGGACCCUCUGAGCCCUGACUAUGAGCGUUACCCAGAGUACAGGCAGGCCAGACCUCUGAGCUGUACAGUGAGAGCUGGGGAGAUGCUCUUCCUACCUGCGCUGUGGUUCCACCACGUCAGGCAGUCUCAUGGCUGCAUUGCAGUCAAUUUCUGGUAUGACAUGGAGUUUGAUAUCAAGUAUAACUACUUCCAGCUGUUGGAUUCCCUGUCCAGGGCAGUUGGUCAGCUGGAGAAAGACUGAAGGAAGAUAUCCCCCUAAUGGAAUUCCACAAGACCCUCUUUGAGCCACUUCAUGAACUGGCUAAACAGCAAAUCCUGUUGAGGACACCUCCAGACAACCUCAUGUGCUUUCCUGUUGUCUUUCAAAUGUCAGACUUCCUAUUAUUAAAACAAACAGAGGCAGGCCUGUUUUAAGUAUGAAUGGAAAAAAUGACAACAGUGGUAUUCCAGUUGAUAUCAGCUAUGCAAAGAAUAACUUAUACAUUUCAAUAAUUUUUUAGAAGUCAUAUUAUGUAGUACUUCACUACAUACUGUCCUUUUUUGACUGUUAGCCACAUACCAGGAUCAUUGUAACCGUGUACUAUGACUUCAGAGUGAAUUCCAGCCUACGAACUCAUGCAGAUGCCUUCUUUUAUCAUCACUAGUAUCAGGAUCAUGUGAAACACAAGAAAGAAGAGUAAUAAAUAUUUAUUUUUUUUAAGAGAAUCUUGAGGGAUAUACAGUACAAACACUAUGAAGGUAGAAACACUGUUUAAGCCAGCGUGAGAACAGUAACACAGCUUAAAAUAGGCUGCCUAAAAAAGACAAUUGUUCCUGGUCCACCAUAAACAAAGUAUUAAGACAAAGUCAGAAAGUAAUGGGGAGGUUUAAAACUGAAAACCAAGACCUCUUUUAGCUUCUUUAGGAAUAAUGCGAAUACCCUCAUACAAUAAAUGGGUCAUUACAUCA